AUGUGCAAUCCGAAAUGCGAAAGAGGCAUUCACAUUAUUUGUACCGUUCAGAAAAGAUCCAAGAAAAUAAAAGGAAUAGAAGAAGGAAAACCUUUACUCGUUUUCUUAAUCGAAUUUAAAAUACUCUCCGUUAUAUUCACCAGAAUCACUCCCACAUUUCAACCCCCACUGCAAAAGAAACCCAACCCCUCUCUCUCAUCUUGCUUUGUCCCAUGUGUUUCUCCAAAAUCCAAACUUUUUAGUCGCUUCCUUCUUUUCUUCGCCAAAACCUGUGGGAUGUCGUCGCCGGGGUUCCCAGGUGGUCGACCCUCCGAAUUCUACGGCGGAGCAACCGGAUUCCCGACUCAAUCCAUGGCAGUUCAAACCACUAUGAACAGCCACCCCGCCGCCGCCCACCACCCUCUCUACCGAUCCCAACCUUCAAUUUUGCUUCACCCCUCAUCCCACAUCGCCCAACACCAAACAUCCACUCUCAUCGGGAAACGUACCCUCGCCGAAUUCCAAACCCACAACCUCAGCAACAACCCCAACAACCUUAUUAGCAAUAAUAAUAACCAACUCCUUCCGAACUAUCAACUUCGUUCGGUAAAACCCAGAACUUUUCAACCCACCAAUUUCUCCACAGCCUCUUCUGAAUUAUCCGCCUUUCCCUCAUACCGUUACGGCGCGUCCUUUCUCCACCAACUUCGCCCUAACGCUGUUAACGCACAACCCGUCGCGAGUUCGAUCCUCUCUAACACAAAUUUCCCUCCGGUUCAAAGCAGGCUAAGCGCGACCCGGGAACCGGUGAAGAAUUCAAUAGACCACCGCCUCCAGGAGUUGGAAAAGCAGCUUCUUGAAGACAAUGAUGACGACCAAGGCGACGCCGUUUCGGUCGUUACCACCUCUGAAUGGUCACACACAAUACAGAACUUAAUCACUCCACAGAAACGUGCAUCGUCAUCGCCAACUUCCUCUACGACGUCGUCCAACUCCUCCGCAGAAUCCAUCAGUGCCAAACAGUCCCUAACCGAGGCCGCCGAAGCGAUUUCAGAAGGGAGAUUCGACGCCGCGACGCAGAUCCUAACCCGAUUAUCGCAGAAUCCGGAUCAACGCUUCGUAAAUUGCAUGGUUUCCGCCCUCAAAUCGCGGAUGAGUCACGUUGAGUAUGCACCACCGGUUGCGGAGUUGUUCAGCAGGGAACACGCCGAGUCGACUCAGUUGCUAUUCGAACACUCUCUCUUCUUUAGGGUCGCUCUCAUGGUCGCCAACAUCGCAAUCAUCGAAUCCGCAUUUGACGAUAAAUCAGAGAACGCGAAACUGUGCGUGGUAGAUUUCGAUAUCGGCAACGGGAAACAAUACGCGAGUCUUCUCCACGAGCUCUCCGCGCGUCGCAAGGGCACUCCGGCCGCCGUCAAGAUCAUCGCCGUGGCCGAGAACGGCGCUGACGAGAGGCUGAGCCCCGCGGGUGUGAUGCUGGGAAGACUCGCGGAGCAACUCGGGAUAGGUUUCGAAUUCAAAGUGCUGAGUCGGAGACUCGCCGAGUUGACUCGCGAGUCGUUGGGUUGCAACGCCGACGAGACGCUGGCGGUGAACUUUGCGUUCAAGCUUUACAGAAUGCCCGACGAGAGCGUCUCCACGGAGAACCCGCGCGACGAACUUCUGCGGCGCGUGAAGGCUCUCUCGCCGCGCGUGGUGACUCUGGUGGAGCAGGAAGCUAACACCAAUACGGCGCCGUUCGUGGCUCGCGUGGCCGAGUCAUGCGCGUAUUACGGUGCGCUCUUUGACUCGCUCGAGUCUACUAUGUCACGGGAGAAUUCGAGGCGAGUUAAGAUCGAGGAGGGACUGAGUCGGAAGGUGGCUAACACGGUGGCAUGCGAAGGAAGAGACCGUGUGGAAAGGUGCGAGGUGUUUGGGAAGUGGCGGGCGCGCAUGGGCAUGGCUGGGUUCAUGUUGAAACCACUGAGUCAGAGAGUCGCUGAGUCAAUAAAGGCAAGACUCGGUGCCGAGAACCGAGUCGCUGUAAAGGUAGAGAAUGGUGGGAUUUGCUUUGGCUGGAUGGGAAGAACUCUCACCGUGGCUUCUGCUUGGUGUUAA